GGGAGCUAUUCUUGGGAUUUGCGAAAUCUUUGUUCCAUCGCGUCUUAUGAGAUUUCUUCACUUUGCGGCUUCCUAACUCAUUGGUAUUGUGCUUUCAUACUAUUUUCAUCGAAGACGAUUCGUUGGGAGCUCAGUUCUUUCGGAAUAUCCUCCCCUUAUACAGUUGAUCUUUGAUUUCCAUUGGCUUGAUUUGGGCUGUCGAUCACCAUGUCCUCGAUAACUACCCCCGCUAUCCCACCAGUGGCUCUCGACACUAUCACACAAUACAUUGGGAAUACCCCUCUUGUGCGGUUGAACAGACUCCCACAAAGUCUCGGGAUUGAUGCAACCGUGUAUGCAAAAUUGGAAUAUUUCAAUGCAGGAGGCAGUGUGAAGGACCGGAUCGCCCUGCGGAUGAUCGAAGAGGCCGAGCGAUCUGGCCGUAUAAAGCCUGGAGAUACUCUCAUCGAGCCUACCAGCGGCAACACCGGUAUUGGAUUGGCACUGGUUGCUGCCGUCAAAGGUUAUAAAACGAUCAUUACGCUCCCAGAGAAAAUGUCCGCUGAAAAGGUGUCUGUACUACGCGCAUUAAAUGCUACGAUCAUCCGUACUCCCAACGAAGCUGCAUACGACUCACCCGAAUCACAUAUUGGUGUUGCCAAACGUCUCGAGAAGGAGCUGCCAAAUGCGCAUAUCUUAGAUCAAUAUGGGAACGAAAAUAACCCAUUGGCACACGAAUUUGGUACAGCAGAGGAGAUUUGGACUCAGACGAAGGGCCAGAUCAAGGCCAUUGUAGCCGGUGCAGGAACUGGUGGAACAAUCACUGGAUUGGCUCGAGGCCUUAAGAAGCACAACCCGGAUGUUCAGGUCAUCGCAGCAGAUCCUCAUGGAUCUAUCCUUGCUCUUCCUGCUUCAUUGAACGAUGAGCAUGUCGACGAGCCCUAUAAGGUCGAAGGAAUUGGAUAUGACUUUAUCCCUCAGGUGCUUGACCAACAUGUUGUGGACAAAUGGUACAAAACUGGCGAUAAGGAGUCGUUUCAAUUUUCUCGACGUUUAAUAGCCGAAGAAGGUCUCCUCGUUGGUGGUAGCAGCGGAAGUGCUAUUUCUGCCUUGGCACAGGCUGCCCAAGACCAUUGCUUUGGAAAAGACGAUAUUGUCGUGGUGGUUUUGCCCGACAGUAUCAGAAGCUAUCUGACAAAGUUUGCCGACGACGACUGGCUAGCAGCAAAUGAUCUCCUACCGUCACUAUCCGCCGAGGCCGCGCCGUUAUCUCCCACUCUGCAGCCGCAAGGCCAGAGGGACGAGUUUGCUGGAUCGAAGGUAAAAUCACUUCGAUUGAAGCCAGUAACUACCAUUCGGUCCGAUUAUCCGUGUGAGAAAGCGAUCGAAAUUAUGCGUGAAAAGGGAUUUGAUCAACUCCCUGUGCUUGCACUUUCUGGAAAGAAACUUGUUGGACUUGUUACCUUGGGAAAUAUCCUGAGCCGACUAACUCAUGGACGCGCUACUGGAAAGAGCCCCGUCGCAGAGGUCAUGUUCGAUUUCAGCAAAAUAUCCGAGGUUGUAACAGACCCUAGGGACCUGAGCUUGGCAAGUUCCGAGUCAGAUGGCAAGCCCGGUGGCACAGAUAUUUUACGGUCCCAAACUAAAGGCCGCAAGUUCAUCGAAAUCACAAUGAACACUCCGUUGAGUGUACUGAAUCGAUUUUUCGAGUGGAAUAGCGCAGCAGUUGUUACUGAACGGGAUGAGCAUGGGGUAGUGAAGCCAUUGGCAGUAGCCACAAAGGUUGAUCUGCUCACCUGGAUGGUCCAUCAUAAAAGGCCAUGAACGGUUUCAUGAACCAGUAACCUCUAACUGAUGGCUUAGAAUACGCUUCAAUGUGUUUAUUCCCCUGUUUAUUAUUAUUAUUAUUAUUAUUAUUUUGGUUUAAGUUUCUUCCUGAUUAGUUGGGGCGUUUUACAUGUUUCUCCUUUCACUUUCACUUUAGUGUCCUUCUAUCAAGGUGUAUAGGAAAAGUGUUUAUAGAUUAAUUUUAACAUUAUAGAGUGGCCAGUAGCAAUUCUUUAUCUUUCUGCUUAUAUAACAGUUAUGCAUGUCAUAAACUGAUUUCCCUUAGCUAUAUUAAAGUGAUUCUUGCCACAUUAUUUCAG